AUGGUGGCCGCAGUUGUUCAACUGCGAUGUGGUGUCAAGAAUGAUCCUUGGGGAAAGAAAGGCAAAGACUCCAUGGUGGCCCAUUUGUGGUCCAAAACACCCGGAAGUGCGCCCAUUGACGAGAACCAAACCUACUCCGAGAUGUGGAUGGGUACUUAUCCAUCCAACCCGUCACACCUCCUUUCGACCGGAGAGCCACUGGGGGAAUAUCUGAAGAAGAACCCACAGCUAGUGGGCAAGUCAGUUCUGGAUCGAUGGGGAGCAGAGAUUCCAUUCCUGCCAAAGAUUUUAUCUUUCUCGAAAGCACUGCCGCUCCAGAUUCAUCCAGACAUGUCACUGGCAAAAAAACUCCACCAAAAGAAUCCUGAGAAAUUCGGUGACACCAUGCACAAGCCCGAGAUAGCCGUUGCACUCUCGAAAUUUGAGCUCUUCGCGGGCUGGAAGCCCUUGGAAGAUAUUCAAGCACUGUGCAAACUGGAACCAUUGAGGCAAUUCGUACCAGCAUCCACAGGCUUCAACGAUGAGACGUUGCGGAAGAUUUGUAUGUCGAUGUUGAAGGCAUCGCCAGAGACGGUAACUUCAACAAUCAAAAACUUGCAAAGCAUCCCCGAGUCCCACUUCGGAUGCGAUCCGUAUAUCCCAGGUCUUCUAGUUCGACUGAGCAAGCAGUACGCACCAAGCGAUAACGGAAACCUUGUUGCAGCCAUCCUGAUGAAUUAUAUGACCCUCGGACCAGGGGAUUCGGUCUUCGUUCCAGCAGACAGUAUCCACGCGUAUCUGGAAGGCGAUAUUGUGGAGUGUAUGGCGCGAUCAGACAAUGUCAUCAAUUCGGGAUUUUGUCCGAAGACGGAACGGGAUAGCGUUGAUCUUUUCGGGCAGGCGUUGACGUUUGUGCCUCAUAAUGCGAGAGAUGCACUUUUGCCGAGGCAGAAGAGUGACAAGGGGAUGCAUGGUAAGACGGAUGUGAUUGCGCCUCCGAUUGAGGAGUUCAAUAUGCUUUGUACUUGUCUUGGUGCUGGCGAGAAGGAGACGCAUAAGGCGAUUCUUGGGCCCAGUUUGAUGAUUGUGACGAAGGGUUGUGGGUCUAUGAAGAUUCCGGGCAAUCAGACGAUUGAGAUGAAGGAGGGGUAUGUUUAUUUUGUUGGACAAGGAAUUGCGAUGGACUUCUGUACGGAGAAGGGGGUUGCCUUUUAUCGUGCGUAUACGGAGUAA